CUGUCAGGGGGCAGAAAGUGAAACAGAAAAUAGAAGCGCCAGUGGCCCGUCUAGCCUAGACAGGAUCGUGUUGCGCAGCUCGGGUGAUUGAGCUGCAAACCGGAUUGGCGAGACGCUGAGGAGCGCAGGAUAAUUUGUCCCUCACUUCCAGAAAUUACGUAGGGGUGUGAAGAAUCUUCAGAGAUCAAACAGGAAAAGGAGGGUUUCAUUUCCUGUGCUUUACUUUAGUAGCUGAAAGCACUCAGCUAAAAAAGCUGCUCAGCUGAACCCCUGGAAAGAGGAGCUCUGUACGGCCUGAUCCAUCAUGGCCUGCGAAGACCUCUGUCCUCUCCCGGUGACACUUGGGAGACAGAAUUCCAGCGCAGCGGUUUCUCUGGACUUUGUUCCCAAACAGGAGUACUUAUUUGUUGAACAGUUGCAAGACCGAUACAAGUGUGCCAGUUGCCACCUGGUUCUUCACAAUCCUCACCAGACAGGAUGUGGUCACAGGUUUUGUGAGAAAUGCAUCUCCAACUUAAUAGAACUCAGUGAAACUCCACAAUGUCCAAUAGAUAUGGAAAAUAUAAAAUCACAUGAGAUUUUUAAGGACAACUGCUGUAAAAGGGAAGUCUUGAAUCUGUUAGUCUACUGCAAAAAUUCUCCCGCUUGUGAUGUAAAAGUUAUGUUAGGACGAUAUCAGGAGCACCUGGGGCAAUGUCUGUAUGAAAUGACCCUGUGUAGCAAUGAUGGAUGUCAUGACCAAAUGAUCCGGAAAGAACUGAAGGGCCAUCUGGAAUCAGAGUGUAAAUUAAGACAAGAAGCAUGCAUAUACUGCAAGCAAACGAUGGCUUCCAUCAACCUAACGAUUCACGUAGGCCUGUAUUGUCAGUUGUAUCCAGUUCCCUGCCCAAAUGCCUGCCCUGUUACAUGUCCAAGGGCUGAGCUGGAUAAGCACCUGUGUGAGUGCCCUGAAGCUGAGCUACAGUGUACUUUCAGUAACUAUGGAUGCAAUGUGAUGGUAAAACGAAGUAAAGUAAAAGAACAUGAAGAUACGUUUCUCAGGGAUCAUAUGCUCUAUGUUUUGAACAGGAAUAUGAAGUUAGAAGAACAGGUGCUGGGCUUACAGCAGAACCUGGAUUUAAAGGAGCACCAGAUCCAGCAGCUAUCAGACACAGUUAAAUGGUGUGAGAAAGAAUGUCACCAAUUUGGGCAGUUUACUGGGAGCAAUGGGAAUUCUCUCUCAAGCACUAAGACCCUGGCCAGUUAUAUUGAUAAAUCUAUGUGGCUGGAAGAACAAGUCAUACAGCUGGUAAGCAAAGAACACAGUCGGCUUGACCUGCGGCCAAUUUUAGACACCUUGGAGUCUACCAAGCAAAGGCUAAGCACCUUGGAGGCCUACAAGGAUCGUAUAGAUAACCUGGACGGUCAGUUCAAAAAACAUGACGUGUUGCUAAGUAAUCAUAAGAUGCAAAUGACUAGCAAUGAGGAGCGGUUUAGACUCGUAGAGGGUACAAGUUACAAUGGCAAACUAAUAUGGAAAAUCACUGACUAUGAGAGAAAGAAAAGAGAGGCAAUGGAAGGGCGCGCAGUAUCCAUAUUCAGCCAGCACUUCUACACCAGUUGGUGCGGUUACCGACUCUGCGCUCGGGCCUACCUAAAUGGGGAUGGCUCAGGGAAAGGGUCCUUUCUGUCGUUAUAUUUUGUGGUAAUGAAAGGUGAGUUUGAUUCCAUCUUACUCUGGCCUUUCAAGCAGAAGGUGACACUGAUGUUGCUGGACCAGAGUGGGAAGAAGAAUCACAUCACAGAUGUUUUUAGAGCUGAUCCUAACAGCAGUAGCUUUAAGAGACCUGACAGUGAAAUGAACAUUGCCUCAGGCUGUCCUCGAUUUGCCUCACACGCGCAACUGGAAAACCCAAAGAAUGGCUGUUACAUUAAAGAUGACACCUUGUUCAUUAAAAUUGUUGUAGAUUUAACAGACCUGGAGGAGGCGUAAAAGAGAAAACUAACCUAUAAAUUAUACUGUAUCAUAUAAGAAGUGCAAUACUCAGAGAAUGUAAUGAUAUAAAUUAAUUUAUUUGACAUUUUUUCAUA